UACCCGAUUCGGCCCCGGGCCUCACCCAAUAGGCCUCAUCAUGACUGUCUCUAUUCGUCAACGUCGCAUAUUGCUUGUAUGGGGCUUUAUGGUGAGACCUCGCGCUUUUGAUACGGCGGCUGCCCUCAGUUGAAGACCCCCCAAAAUGGAAGGAUCGAGCCUGAACCACAUCACAUCUGUCAACCCAAGAACCACAGCCUCCACACAUCGUCAGACCUGACAGCAAAGGACACGAGACGAAAGAAAGAUUAUGGACGAUCCAAGGGGAGACUUAGAAACAUAUAAGCUUUGAGCUUCUUAGCUGUUGCUUUACGGCGCCACGGAUAAGAGAAGAUAACCUCUCUGCGUCGCUUUUCACCUGGAAACAGUCUCAGAAAUGCUUCUUCCAGACCCUAGAGCCACAAUGCACCAAGAAGGCCUCCGGACCGUGUUUGACCGUCUCAUAUCGAAGACACACGUCGAACAUGCGCUGAUCCAGCCUGGGGGACACCAUAAUGACAUUCCAACUUCCCUAGCUACGGUUUUCCUUCUGGGUGGAACGCCUGCGCAGCUUCAGGCGGUCUACGACCAGAAGAGGCGCUGUCUCCAGAGCUGGCAUCUCUCUCCCGAGAGGAUUUUGAGCUCGGAUGAGAAGACCAAAUAUCUGGGCGACUAUCAAUUCCAACGAGCCUAUAUGGACUACUUCAGCAUGGAGAACGGCAAGCUGGGUGGGAACUCUACAGUCCUGGGCCUGUCACACCUUAUUUAUGCUCCGAAACCCCUGGUUUAUGGACUGUUUGGCGGAUAUGGCCGGCCGCUCCUCUUCCUGAGCGAUGGAAUCGAGGUGCAAAGCGCAGUGCUCGUGGUCGAGUCACUUGUGCUUGCAGCGGUGGAUUGGAGCACGCCCAUUGAGGAACUCCUGAGCCAUGCGCAAUGGCAGACGCUACCCGAUGAAUUACUUCCUCCAGAGACCAUCCUCACGCGCAUUGCCUACGACGGGCGGUUCAGCGGAAUUAUGAAGGGAGGCCCCGGAUUUGGAGGGGUGUCACAAGUUCUCUCGAACCAAGGCGCCCGAUCAGCUGUUGUCGAUUACGUCCACCAGCUUGACCUUCGAGACACGACCAAACUGCUGCGGCAGCUCUCCCGCCUGUCCAUCCUACUCGUGUGCGCAACCCACAAGAAAGAUAAACCCGCAUUUGACUACUUCCUCAGCUCUCUCCCGACAUUUGUCAACUGUCUUCGAGUGUUGCUCUACAGUUUCCAGGGCAGCCAAAAAAGCAUCAUCCUCGUGCGAGGUGUGUGGACGCUCAUGGUCCUAGCUUAUAUCACACAGUUGAGACCGGUCAUAGACCGUUCUCUCAUAUUGCUCGAGGUUCCCGACAAAGGCCUGACCUGGGACGGCAUCUUGUCACACUUUAGACAAGGGGCAGAUCCCGAGGAUGAAAAGCUCAUGGACUGCCAACUUUUGCGAACGCUGAGGAGCCUGCGCGAGCUUGGAGAGUCAUGCGGCGGAGAGGAGCAGCUGUAUAUGCAAGCGGCAUGGAAGUUGCGAUGCCAAUGGCAGAAAUGGGCUGGACUCGGAUGUGGCAGGGAAGAGGUACUGAAUAUCAGACUGUGAGACCAGCCUUGACCGUACCCAGUCCGGGAGGUUAUCGAUAGAAGCAGACUAUACCGUUAGAUCACCCCCUAUAAUCAAUUAUCUUCAUCC